AUGUCAUUUCCCCUUAUAAUUUUUCCGACUUGCGCCCUGGCCCGAAAAAAUGAAUUUCUUAGCGAUAAUCGUUCUUUUGCGUCAAAACACCCGUGUCUUGGAUCGACGUUUUUUAUUGUAGAAUCGUUAGUUGAAGUAAGUAGUUGGUUUAGCUUGAUCUUUAUGGUUCUAAUUAUACUUUCAUAACUUAUUUUUUAAAUUCCUUUUAUAUUGUAUAUUUUUUUUGCUAAUAACUUUGUUUAUUACAACAAUGUUCUGAUUCAUUUGUUUUUAGCUCAAAAUGAACAUACGAAGAGCAACAGUGGACGAUUUAGUAAAGACCCAGCAUUGUAAUUUGUUGUGCUUGCCUGAGAAUUAUCAAUUGAAGUAUUAUUUGUAUCAUGCACUAUCUUGGCCAUUGUCGUAUGUUGCGGAGAAUCAUAAGGUAAGAUUUUGGUUUUGUUUCUUCGAUUUUUAGGUAUGAAUAUUUUCUACAGAGGUAGAUCUUACUUCUAAAGGCACUUUCAAUAUGUUUGGGUAUUCAAAAGUUAAAAUACAAGGCUUUUUCCUCACCAAACCUCAAACAUCAAGUAUAACAUUAUUUUUAGGGUGAGAUCGUAGGGUAUGUGCUGGCCAAAAUGGAAGAGGAUGCUGAAGAUGAACCUCAUGGACAUAUCACUUCCUUAGCAGUGCGUAGAGAAUACCGUCGUCUUGGUGUGGCUCGACUUUUGAUGGACCAAACUGCUCGCCUCAUGGUGGAGAUGUAUGGUGCUCGUUAUGUGUCGCUACAUGUUCGUGUUACUAACAGAGCUGCUCUACAUCUUUACAGGUAUAGUUUUAGGUUUUUUUCUUGGGUAUAAACAUUUUUUAUAGUGAUUUUCUUAUGUUUCUUUCGACUUUUAUCAAUUUUUAUACGUUAACAUAGUUUAUUCUUACUAAAAAGUUCAAAAUCUAAUAUCUUUACUUCAGGGACGUUCUAAAGUUCGAUGUUAUGGAUGUAGAAGCGAAAUACUAUGCUGAUGGUGAGGAUGCCUAUGCUAUGAAGCGCCCAUUGGUCCAAUGGGCAAAGGAGAACGAUUUGGAGCCAUUCGACAAAGAGUCCUUCUUCAAAGAAAAACCACAAAAGGUCAACGGAAAACAGCAUUGA